AAUGUGUCAGCUACUUUGACCUCCCCGGAUUCACCUUUAUUGAGAAGCCAUGUUUCGAGCUCUGAGAACUGUUGGGCAUUUUAACGGCUGUCUACUGACUUUUCCAAGACACGUAGUCGGAUCUAAAGUCAGAAUUAACCCGUGCAGAAUGGCUAGUUCAGAGUACAGGAUUGAACGGGACACGUUUGGUGAGCUCAGAGUCCCAGCUGACAAGUAUUACGGUGCCCAGACGGUCCGGUCCACCAUUAACUUCAAGAUUGGGGGACCAUCUGAGAGAAUGCCAAUCCAGGUCAUCAAAGCUUUCGGCAUACUGAAGAAAGCAGCUGCUGAAGUUAAUAAAAAUUAUGGCCUGGACCCAAAGAUUGCAGAUGCAAUCAUACAGGCUGCAGACGAGGUUUCAGCUGGUAAACUGGAUGAGCAUUUCCCUCUGGUGGUGUGGCAGACCGGAUCAGGAACUCAAACUAACAUGAACGUCAAUGAGGUGAUCAGUAACAGAGCCAUUGAAAUCCUUGGAGGAAAAUUAGGCUCCAAGGAUCCAGUUCACCCCAAUGACCACGUCAACAAGAGCCAGAGUUCCAAUGAUACUUUCCCCACUGCCAUGCAUAUUGCUGCAGCCACAGAGGUCCACCAGGUCCUGCUGCCUGGCCUGCAGACCCUUCACGACGCACUGGCUGCUAAGGCUGAAGAAUUCAAAGACAUAAUCAAAAUUGGACGCACACAUACUCAGGAUGCUGUGCCCCUUUCACUUGGGCAGGAGUUCAGUGGGUACGUCCAGCAGGUGAAGUAUAGCAUAGAAAGAGUGAAGUCAGCUGUGCCCAGGGUGUAUGAGCUGGCAGCGGGUGGAACAGCGGUUGGCACAGGACUCAACACCCGCAUUGGCUUUGCAGAGAAGGUGGCGUCUACAGUGGCUUCUCUUACAGGUUUGCCUUUUUUGACAGCUCCCAACAAGUUUGAGGCGCUAGCGGCCCAUGAUGCCUUGGUGGAGUUGAGUGGAGCACUGAACACUGUGGCAGUUAGCAUGAUGAAGAUUGCCAAUGACAUCCGGUUCCUUGGGUCAGGACCCCGCUCCGGCCUGGGAGAGCUGAUUUUGCCUGAGAACGAACCUGGAAGCAGCAUCAUGCCUGGUAAGGUGAACCCUACCCAGUGCGAGGCCAUGACCAUGGUUGCUGCGCAGGUAAUGGGAAACCACGUCGCUGUUACCAUCGGAGGCAGCAAUGGACACUUUGAACUCAACGUCUUCAAACCAAUGAUCAUAAAAAAUGUACUGAAUUCAGCGCGACUGCUUGGUGAUGCUUCGGUAUCCUUCACCAACAACUGUGUGGUGGGCAUCCAGGCCAACACAGAGAGAAUCAACAAGCUAAUGAGCGAGUCUCUCAUGUUGGUCACUGCUCUGAAUCCACACAUCGGUUAUGACAAAGCGGCUACCAUUGCUAAGACUGCUCACAAGAAGGGGUCUACACUCAAGGAGGUGGCUGUGGAGCUCGGCUACCUGACUGAGGAAGAGUUUGACAAGUGGGUGAAGCCGAGCGACAUGCUGGGGCCAAAAUGAACUCUGAUCAUACAAGCAUCAAAUCUCCACCUUCUAAGAAAAGAACGCACAGAAUGAAAUAAUCCAUCCAAGAA